AUGACGAAGUAUUUUGCGACGUGGCCUCAUGAGCCGGCGAGCCCUUCAGGAAGUGAAGAGUCAGGCAAGUCCGCCAGUUCUGGACCGAGUGUUCGCGAGCGCAUUGUCAAGAUCGUGUCCGCCUCCAACGAGCGUGGAGGUGUGUCACUGGCCGCCAUCAAGAAAGCUCUGGCCGCCGGUGAAUACGAUGUGGAGAAGAACAAUGCUCGCGUCAAGCUCGCCAUCAAGAAACUGGUGGCUAAUGGUGUCGUGAUCCAGACCAAGGGCACCGGAGCAUCCGGCUCUUUCAAGAUGAACAAGAAAGAAGCGCCCAAGACUAAAAAAAAAAAAAAAAAAAAAAAACCCGCUCCUAAAACCAAGGAGGACGCUCUGCUGCUGGCGGAGAAGGAGCAGGCCUCUGGGUCGGUGCACUGCUUCAGCAAAGACGACGGGGCUCUGUUUGUGGAGGCUGUUCCCCAGACCGACAUCAGCCGGAGGAUCACUGCUUUCCAGUAUGAGCUGGUCCCCAGUCAGGGUCCUGGCGUGCACAUGUACACACGCCUGCACUCAGUCCUCUCUAAAUUGGUUAAACGGGCGGCCCGAGUAUUUAGGUCGUCCUGCCAGCCUUUCACCACUGCUGGGUACAUAUUUAUCGUGUGGCCAGAUCGUAAUGUCACGAGUCAAGAGGCGAGGGAGCUAGAGCCACGUAUUGAGGACGUGGAGACUGGACCCAAACGCGAGUGGUGA